UCUUUGCGUUUCCACUAGUUACCUUGACCAAAAAAUUAUAAAAAACAGAAAAUGUAUUUUUAGUUGUAAUUUAAAGUUAUGGUUAGGCAUAAGGUUAGCAGUGUGUUAAGGUUAGGUUUAAAAUCAGAUUUUAAGAAAAUACAUUUUAGAAAUAGGCGGGGUUUAUGAAUGUGUGUUUGUGGUAAGUAGCGACUACAGUCUCUUUGGCGAGACUGCACUUGCCGUAAAGCAGAACGUGUGGACGACGUCAUACAUUCAACAUGGCGACCUCCGUAAUCGUAGGCGGUGGGUUCACACUACUCAGGAGUGUUGCUGGGCAGAUACGCUCAAGCUUCUUAGCGAAGUUCUCUUCUCUAUCCAGGCUAUUUGCCUUUGGUACAACCCAGAGGGUCUCCUGCAUCCACACCAGCGUCGCAUUAGAUGUCAACAAGAACUGGGACAGGAAGAACCUGCAAAUGUUCCCACCACAGCAGCCCGAUGAAGCACGAAGACCUGCAGAGGUGCACCACUGCAGGAGGCAAAUCAAGUACAGCAAGGACAAGAUGUGGUAUCUAGCAAAUAUGAUCAGAGGAAUGACUAUUGACGAGGCCAUUGCACAGCUUGAGUUCAAUGACAAAAAGGGGGCAAAGAUCAUGAAAGAGGUUCUCUUGGAAGCCCAGGAGAUGGCAGUCAGGAAUCACAAUGUGGAAUACAAGUCCAAUUUAUAUGUUGCGGAAUCAUUCUCCAACAAAGGGAAGUACCUGAAACGUAUCCGUUACCAUGGCAGAGGAAUGUUUGGGAUCAUGGAUAAAGUGCACUGCCACUACUUUGUCAAGCUGGUGGAGGGGCUUCCACCGAAGGCAGAGCAGAAGACUGGCUUUGACCAGGCCAAGGAGUACGUUGCACAGCUCAAGAGUCGCACCAUUAUCCACGCACUCUAGGGAAACUAUUACUGUUUGUGAUUUGAUAUGUUGUAAAUAAAUAAUGUAUCAUAAUUGUG